CAUGAUUCGGCACAAUUUGAAGACCUCUGCAUUUGACUCUCAAGAAGACCAUCGCACCUUACUACCAUCAAAAUGGGAGCCCUGAAACUUCUGGUACUCUUGGUAGUCGUGGCUUGUGUUGCCUGUACUUCUUUUGAUUUGGCAAAACUGAAAAAGAAGUCGUUGUCCAAGACUUUGAAGACUCAAGUACACACCAGAGCCAGGAGAUCCCUGUACGAGUUUUACCAGAUGAUCAAGUGUGAGACUGGAAGGGACUGGCAGGAUUACAACCUGUAUGGGUGCUUCUGUGGGAAAGGUGGAAAGGGCACCCCUGUGGACGCUCUCGACCAGUGUUGCUUUGACCACGAUGAGUGUUACGACAGGGCAGCAGCUACUGUUUGUACCUGGCCUUACCAGAUAUACCUGGACUCGUACUGGCACAAGAACUGCAGUGAAUGUGACGCUUCUAAGAACACCGCCUGUGAACAAGCCUUGUGCGAGUGUGACAGCAGAGCAGCCAAAUGCUUCAAAAACAGCAAAUGGGAUCAACAAUACGAUGACUACCCUCAAGACAAGUGCGCGUGAUGUGCACGUGACUAUGACGUCAUUUAGUCCACGUGAUACGAAAACACAUGAAUAAUAAUAAUGGAUAGCAAACGACUGGAUUUGCUUUGUUAGUUCUUAUGCCGAUAUAUGUAUGUUGGUGUAUUGAAGAAAAUAAACAAAAUAGCAAAAUA